AUGUUCGCUGGAGCAGUUGUGCUUGUGGUCCUUAGUCCGAAAUGUGUGCUGAAGAAGGAACCGGAAUGGUGGCGCAAGCAUGUAAGCUAUCAGAUAUUUACACCUUCAUUCCGUGAUUCCAACAAUGAUGGGAUUGGCGAUUUCAGUGGGAUCAAGGAAAAACUCAAUGAUUUACGUAAAGUUGGGAUACAAACAAUUUGGGUGACACCUGUGAUUGCUACUCAGAAGGACGACUUCUUGCCACUAGAUGUGGUAGAUUUCGCGAGCGUUGAUGAGCGUUUUGGUACGACGAACGAUUUAAAAUUAUUAAUUGAUGAGGCACAUCAACUAGAUAUGCACUUUACCAUGGAUCUACCUAUAUCAACAACCUCUGCUUCUCACAGCUGGUUGGAAUAUUUCCUUUUUGUUUAUCCACUUGCAGCAAAAGAAUAUUCGUAUAAUGACGACUCUAAUAACAAGGCUUUUUCGUCCCUCGAUUAUUCUUCUGCGUUUUUUCUUUCUAAUAAAGCAGUUAUUGAUAAGCGCAAAGGUCGGGAAAUUUUUGUUGGGCAUGCUUUACGAGGUGUACCGUAA